UCUUGUAAAGGAUGAUAUACUUUGUAUAUGAUUGCAAUCUUGCUAGGGAUGUUAAACUACAUGUUCAAACAAUCUAUCACCCCAUCCAUAAAACGUACACUGUAAAGCGUUUUUUUCCUAUCAUUUUAGAAUGAAGAGGAUAGCUAUAUGGUUUUAUACUGUGAUUAUACUCAGCAGUGUGUAUAUGCUGUGCAUGUUUUUCCACGUCUACGUAAUGAGAAAACAUUUUCAAUUUCUCUUCUUACAUGGUCACAGUAAAAUCUUCGAGGACAAGGAUGUCCAAAGUUAUACCUGUCCGAGUAAUAUAUCAAAAACUCAUUCAGAGGAUAUUCUUUGUAUGAAAAGAGAAAAAUUCCUAACAAACUUUAAAAAUCCAUGUUGGUUCAAAUUCAUAAAUACAACGCAGGGUCCGAAGAAAGAACUUCGAUGUUUCCCAUUCUUUCAUAUAUUUGGUGUGUGUAAAUCUGGAACAACAGAUCUAUUCUUCCGUUUGACCCAGCAUCCACAGAUAUUAAACAACACUGGUGUUUUAAAUAAGGAAACCCAAUUUUGGUCAUGGAAACGUUUUGGACAAGACUCCUCCGACCGAAGAAACCUAACUCUGGACGACUUUUCAAGAUUUUUUAGAGCCAACAAAAUUGGAAGGACAAAGAUUGGCUUUCAAAUGAAGACUAACUACUCAGAUUUGAUUACAGGUCAUUCCGAUCCUAUGGAUUUUUUGGACCACAACCACUGGCGGGAGAUCCCCCAGAAUGAUCCUAAUUCAAAUGAGCCGAAAUUCCUGACACCUCAUUUUGUGAGGCACGUACAGCCAAACAUAAAACUGAUAUUACUGCUUCGGGAACCAGCAGAAAGACUUUACAGUCAUUAUCUGCAUGGGCAUUAUGGUGAGACACCAGAAGAAUUUCACAAUGCAGUCCUGAAAGGCACAGAACUCCUUAGAUCAUGUUUGUCUAAUAACAGUCUGAAGACUUGUUUAUACAAAUCUGAUUUAAGUAAGGAUAUGAAACUUCCAUUAUCCGCUAGUUUGUACUAUAUCCAUCUACAAGAGUGGCUAGAUGUGUUUCUGAGAGAACAAUUUCUAGUGUUAAGAACUGAAGAUUACCAAAAGGAUACGAAAAACAGUCUUCUUCAAUUGUUUACGUUUCUUGGUGUAGGAGAUAUUUAUUUGGACGUUAUUGAACGUAUUGUUAAGAUGCCACAUAAAUACGAGACUAAAAGUAAGAUUGAACAGGGUUCCAUGUUGAAAGAAACAUGGGACAUAUUAAUUGAAUUUUUCAAGGAACCUAACAGAAGAUUGGCUGCUGUAUUAAAUGAUGAACGCUUCCUUUGGAAGGAUGCACUAUUCAAGUUUAGAGCUAAAGAGAUACCAAAAACAGAACCAGCGUCAACGACAUCAUCCGUACUAGAUCACAAUAUUGUUAACAAAAGCAAAUCAAAGAACACUCAACAAAUAGCAAUACCAAUACGGAGAAAACUAACUAAAAUGUCAAAUAAUAUUCUAAAUCAAUCUGUAGUAAAUAAAAAUAAUUCAGGAGUUCAGCGUUCGCCUGAACUGAUACCAAAAACACACACAAAUAUUCCAAAACAAACUUCAAGGCCAAAUGUUUUUCACAAUAGUACAUCGAGAAUGAAGCUUAAGAGUACACAGAGAGUACCUUUUACGGAAAUACCAUCACUGAAAAAGAAAUCAAAUGUUUCACAUAAGCACACCUCUGGCUCAGUCACACAAAAUAAAACAAAAAGCAUAGGGAAAGGCCCAAGAGAGAAGUCGAUUAAAAAAUCUCAAACUCUACUUAAUCAAAACACAAUGAACAAAACAAAAGAAAGUACUCAAUUACCUGAGCAGGCUUUUAGAAUGAAGAAAACGGUGUCAGAAAACUCGUAUAAUUUAGCGUCUACUAGCAAAAAAAAGAGCACUCGUAGACUCAUCACAACCACUUCAUCUAACAAACAGACUGGGAAAGGAUAGCAAUAUGAGUAAGACAUU